AUGAAGAGAGUAAGGGAUGAGGCUCCUCCAAAGAAAACGGUUGAAUUUGAAGAAGCUAUUAGUUUUGUGAACAAGAUAAAGAAACGAUUCCAAAGUGAUGAGCAUGUUUACAAAUCGUUCUUGAACAUUUCCAAUAUGUACCGCAAAGAGCAUAAGGACAUAGGUGAAAUUUAUAGUGAGGUUGCUACCCUGUUUAAGGAUCAUCGAGAUUUGCUUGAGGAGUUCACUAGAUUCUUACCAGAUAGUUUCGCAGCACCUUCUACACAGCAUGCUCCGGAUGCUCGAAAUUCAUUGCAGCGCUUUAGUGAGCGGAGUUCUAUGGCACCCAUGAUGCGGGAAAUGCAAGUAUAUCGACCAAAGAGGCUUCCUUCUCAUGAUCGUGAGCGUGAUCUGAGUGUUGAACACCCUGAGAUGGAUGAUGACAACACAAUGAUGAACAUGCACAAGAAGCAAAGGAAAAGAAGAACUAAUCUGGUUAUUAUAUAUUUAACAAAACAAGAGUUAAAGGAUACUGAUGCAGGUGUCAUAGGCAUUAAGAAAUCUGUCAAGAAAGCUGAAGGUUUUGGGUUGGCUUCAGACUUUUCUUCUAAGGAAGACAAGGAUACCUUAAAGAACAUGUAUAGUCAAGCAUUCAGUUUCUUUGAGAAAGUUAAGGAGAAGUUGAACAGUGCUGAUGACUACCAAGCUUUCUUGAAGUGCCUUCAUAAUUUUUUCGUCAGUGAAAUAAUAAAAAGGAAUGAAUUGCAAAAUUUGGUAACCGAUUUACUUGGAAAGCAUCUUGAUCUUAUGGUGGAAUUCAAUGAUUUCCUGGAGUGUUUGGAAAAUAUUGAUGGGUUCCUUGCUGGUGUCAUGAGUAAAAAGUCACUAAGAUCAUCAAAGUUGGAGGACAAAGACAAAGACAAAGAGCAGAAGCGUGAGAUGGAUGGAGCUAAAGAGAAGGAAAGAUACAGGGAGAAGGAGUACAUGGGAAAAUCCAUUCAAGAACUUGACCUCAGUGACUGUAAACGUUGCACUCCCAGCUACCGGCUUCUACCUGCUGAUUAUCCAAUUCCUACAGCUAGUCAUAGAUCUGAGCUUGGUGCUCAAGUAUUGAAUGAUCACUGGGUAUCUGUGAGUUCAGGAAGUGAGGAUUACUCUUCCGAACAUAUGUGCAGGAAUCAGUACGAAGAGAGCUUGUUCAGAUGUGAAGAUGACAGAUUUGAGCUGGACAUGUUAUUAGAGUCUGUGAGUUCUGCAGCUAAACGUGCAGAGGAAUUAUAUAAUAACAUGAAUGAAAAUAAGAUCAAUACGGAGACUCUGAACCGUAUUGAAGAUUACUUUACUGUUCAAAAUUUAAGGUGCAUUGAACGUCUAUAUGGUGACCAUGGUCUUGACGUUAUAGACAUAUUGCGUAAAAAUCCAACUCGUGCGCUCCCUGUAAUAUUGACUCGACUGAAGCAGAAACAGGAGGAAUGGAGUCGGUGUCGUUCAGAUUUCAAUAAAGUUUGGGCUGAAAUUUAUUCUAAAAAUCACUUAAAGUGA